CAGACCAACAGCAGGGUAAGUUGUGACGACUGAGGAGACACAAACUCUUAAAAUAGGCCAUUUUUAACCAGUUUUGGGAGAUUUUUUUGGGUGCAGUGGGACUGUGUUUUGUUGUUGAUCAAGGGCAGAACAUGGAACAGCUCAUUCAUUUGAAACUCACUCGAGUUGUAGUUUGAACACAACAGAGGUCAGUUUUUGACCUCUGCUGGAAACAAUAAACAAUUUUUCUUUCGUCGAACUCUUUCCUGGAGCUGAACAGUCACGUGAAGUGGGACACAACUAGAAAGCUCUGAUGGGUUCUGCCUGACUGAGACACAUGGAUGCCUUUGAGGGAAUUCACAGGGUCCACAUUUCCCCAUCUCCACCACCCUCUUCUUCAUCCAGCCUGGGAUAUGAGGUCCUCAAGAGUGGGCGAUCUGGAAUAGCAGUGUAUUCUUCAUCUGUCUUUUUUGGCACUCCUAAUUUUCCAGCAGUCAGACACAAGUCUGGCAGUUUCGCACAGGAUGAACGCUGUGCUGUUGGACAAUUGGUAGACCUGGAUCCAGAGCCGGACCUGAGACUGGAGGGAGGGGUCCAAGGUGGGCCCCCCUCGGGCAGAUCUCAUGGCGAGCUCACCAGGCUGCGCAGCUCUUCACUGGAACUAAGAGAAAAGGAGAUAAGAGAGAAGGGCUCUGAGAUUCUUAGAGAACAGUUGGAUGCUGCUAAGAGGGAACUGAAACUUAAAGAUAAGGAGUGUGAGCGUCUGUCACAAGUCAGGAACCAGCUGGAGCAAGAACUUGAGGAACUGACUGCCAGUCUGUUUGAGGAGGCUCAUAAGAUGGUGCGUGAAGCCAAUGUGAAACAGGCAGGAGCAGAAAAACAGCUGAAAGAGGCUCAAGGAAAGAUUGAUGUUCUGCAGGCAGAGGUGACUGCACUCAAGACUCUGGUGCUGACAUCGACGCCUUCCUCACCUAAUUGGCAGCUGCAUCCACAGCUGCAGACUUCAGGUACAAGAGGGUCAUACAAACAUGUCGGAGGCCAUGUCCGCAACAAGAGCGUAAGUGGAGUUUUUCCGACCUCAGCUGGGAAGCUGGAAUCUUCAUCCCAUUCUAUUCCAUCUGUGGCUAAAGAGGAUAGAGAGAUGGACUCAAUUCUGUAUACAGAGUUUUUGUUGUGGAGGGAAUGUCCCAGUCUGGACCGAUCCUCUGCCUUUUUGAGCCGCGUUUACAGAGAAGACAUUGGACCUUGCCUAUCCUUCACAAGAUCAGAGCUGUCCCAGCUGGUUCAGGGUGCAGUGGAGAGCAAUUCUCUUACCAUUGAGCCUGUGGCCAUACCAGCUCUGCCGAUGAUCAAAGCCUCUUUUAUAGAGUGCGGAGGCCCAAGGGCUGCAGUAGAAACAAAAUGUGCAUUAAGUGGCCUGUCACGGGCCUGCCAACAUCGCAUCAAACUGGGUGACAAGGGCACGUACUAUUACAUCUCUCCGUCGAGCCGUGCGCGAAUCACAACUGUUUGCAACUUUUUUACCUAUAUCCGGUACAUCCAGCAGGGCCUGGUAAGACAUGAUGCGGAGCAAAUGUUCUGGGAGGUGAUGCGUCUUCGCAGAGAGAUGGCUGUGGCCAAGCUAGGCUUCUACCUCACUGACCAGGGCUAGAGGUCCACCAAACACUCGGCAGAUAGCAGUGUGAUCACACGAGCCCCAAUAAAUCACUUAUAAUCAGGAAAAGUUGUGCCAACAUGCAGAUGUUUGAUUAGCUUUUUGUAAUAUUUAUGCUGAAGGAAAGGUCACCCAACAAGGGAAAAAGAAUUUGUUAAAUAAAAAAAAAGAAGCACAGGAAACUUAAGAUUAAGGAAAUUCUAGAACACUCACUGAUUCUGAAUAAUGUGCUACUGUUGUUCUCCAGUGAUUCACUUCUGUGGUGUUAUAAAAUAUUCGAAACAUUUCAUUGUUAAGACUAAAGAUGAACUAUUUAUCACACUUCAGGCUCUGAAAGACUAUCCAUAUAGUUCUUCUGGGUUUUUCCUUGUUCAGCCACCUCAGGAAAACUUUUUCUUACUGAAAUUAUUCUGAAUACAAAACAUGGCCGCUAAGAGUUUCUUUCUCAGCAUGGCCUUCACUGUGCCUUCUUAUACAAAAACAUAAAACAAAAUACCUGUAUUUUGCCUUUUUGCCAAAAAAAAA